AUCGCGAUAACAAAUGAUAAAGAUUGGGUGCUGGUACCAAUAUGAAGCAGAAUUUUCGACAUAGGCUGCCUAAAUUCCGAGCUAGGUCAGUAGGGAUUUUCCUGCCCAAUCGACACGACAGCCACUGUGCACCUUCCGGACUGCGAGAUGAAGGAACAUCGUGAACUCGUCGUAUGCCUACUACUUCUGGUCGGCGUGUACGCAGCGCCCAGUCCAUGUGAAAAUCUUAAAGAACUGCCUAUUUGCAACGAAACACAGUAUGAAGCGUACCGUAGCUGCGUGGAGGAAGUUAAAUCUUUGCGAAUCGCACGACAGACCCAAUGUCCCCAACUGUAUGCCGCCGCACGGCCAACCGUAGUAGAAUCUAACGCAGUUCAGCAAGCCAAGACAGACACAUCACUGUCCGACGUGGUGGAACCUUCGAUAGACAUUAUCCCUGCAUUGCAAAGUGUGGUUACCGUGAAACCGGUAGAAUGCAAUCAUUCUCUGGACAAUACUCCUAUGCUCAAGUCAUUGAACCGAAAAAUGAUAGUACAAAUGGAAGACGAAGAUUAUGAGUACCAAGUGCCGACCAACAUAACAACCGUUAUUCGUCUAACUAAUGUGGUGAAUAACACAAAUAUAGUAAAUGUGCCAACACACGUAAACACAACCAAUGUGAAUAACAUCCACGUGUACGCCAACAUUACAGAAGGAGAUAGCGCAUUGAAGCAGGAUGAGCCGAGAUGCUGCACAGCUGUCCAGCCGAAAUCUUGUCACAUGUCAACGCAAGGCUACCGAUGUAAACAUAAAAAGUUCAAGACCUGUGGUACUCAGUGUACCGCGGAUAUAGUACAUGUGCAGCGUCGGAAACGAUGUGACGGCCAUGGAAACUGCAAGCAGAAAAUUGCAUACGUGCCUCAACCGGAGAAACCAACCUGCGUGUACGUUGAACAGUGGCCAUUCGUCGUUUGUGGGAAGCCCGCCAACAUGCAAGUUGUCUGUGAUGGAUGCUAUGACCACUAUGGGCAAGGCCUAGAAGCUCUCCAUGGACAACUUCCGAAUCAGUGCCGAGGAUGCUAUGAUGACGCAUUCAAUCAAGGUCCACUCUAUCGUCGAGGACCGGUGUUGAGACCCUUUUAUUAUCACGAACCACCAUGCUACAUCACUGGAACAUGUCCAAUGAGCUACGGAGACUGCGGGUAUGGUUGCUACGGGCAUGAAAUGGUAGACCCCGCAUGGGGUGUUCAACCUUCUUACGAGCAAUCUCCUUACGAUCCAGUAAUGAACGAAGUAAAUUCGGCAUAUUUAAGCCACGAGUUGGAAACGGCGAAUGAUACUGAAAAUGAUUGGGGCGUGCCAGUACAUAAAUGUACUGUAGUAUCCGAUGACAAUACGAUUUCAGUGCAAAACUGUACCAACGUCGUAGAAAAUCAGUAUGCAGCGGCCCCAUCUAACUACCCGUACUAUAAAGUACCACAGGAGGUACGCAAGCCGUACAAAGUGCGGCAAACUAUGCAACGGCAGCAGAUGAUUGAGGAAAUUGAAGAAAUGGAUCCCUCGUCUGGUGAUGGAGUCAUCAUUCAGAGCUCCCAAGCGUCGUUCGUGAACGAUGAUGACAGCUAUUACUACGAUUAUAGCCAGUAGAGUGUACAAAUAUACAUUGCUUUAACAUUAAAUAUAGAAACGAUAGUGUUUAGGUGCCUUUUUAGUGGAUGUUAGUGUGAGACAAUAAUAAAUCUCGUGUUAA